AUGGAGAAGAAGAGGAAACUGCCCGCCCGGGCCUCUGCGCGCGUCGAGCAUAUCGCCAAAAAACGUACUGUCACGCCUCCAGAUCGUCGUUCUGUCACGCCCUUGUCUACCACAGCCACAGCCACAGCGCCGGCCGCGCCCACUGCGACCUCGGAUCCUCCACCUAGUCUACCCAAGUCCAUCCACCCUGCCAAGCCUCUUCCCACCGUUGAGGAGCCACAACCCGAGGACCUUUCUAUCAAGAGCUACCAGAACAUACAGGAAAGUGGUGUUUUAGCUGAAUCCCUCCAACGAUCCCGGCAACGAUGGAUUGCCGAGGGCAUCUUUCAGAAAUACUGGGCAAAACCUAUUAAGAAGAAGGGCGUCUUCAUCGAAGAGCCCGACAACCCCCCCAAGGACUCAAUGCAUAAACUCGGUCCGGUGACCAUUACCGUCGAACCUCACGUCUUCGAGGCUACCAUGUGGGCUGUCAAAGACCCCAAACCUGCUGGCGCCACGGCUUCCAGCUCGACGCCCACCACACAGGCCACGUUUCGCCCCAUCAUGCAGUACGGCCCCCCCAACGGCAUCAUGCCCCCUCCUCCGCCAACACCCAAGACGGAGCCCUCGACUCCUGCGCCCCCAUCUUCGACCGAACCGAGGCCCACACCGGCCCCUCAGAGCCCAGCCCAGCCUCCACCCAUGUCCCAAUCAGUACCGAUGAAUCCACAAGCCCCGACCGCGAGCGAUCUCCCCGAAACCGCCGGCCCCUCGCCCGACCCUCCCGAGUCGGAGUCGGCAAGACCUCCUUCCUCGGCAGCAGCAGCAGCAGCAGGAGCAGCAGCAGCAGCAGAAGCAGCAGCGCCGCCCGUGGUAUCUCCGGCGCCUGCACCCGCCUCGACGUACGCCCCCGUUUCAAUUCGUAGCUCCGCAACGACUCCUGGACCUGUUUUAGCGCCUGCGCCUGCACCUCCGCCAGCACCUGCACCAGCACACCCGCCAAACAUGACGUCUCCCUCUCCAGUUCCUACGGGGCUUGCAGGCCCACGUCCCACCACCCCUUCGAAUGCCAUCUCCGCAGCACCCCACCCAGGUUCCGUAUCUGGGCCGUCAAACAUAACCGCGCCGAAUUCUCGGCCCUCGAGUGCGACCCCUACUCCCGGCCUCGGCACCACCAGAUCCGGCGGAACUCCAAAGCCGCCCGGCACCGAUCCCAUCAUCAUGACUCUGGCCGAGAGGGCCUCCGAGGACCGCCAUCUCCGCGAUCUCAUGAAGAGAGUGGCUGCCGGGGAGGCUAAGCCGGAUGAGCUGACCACUUUCCAACGCAUCAUCGACCAGAUUACCGUCGAGUACAAGAAGAAAGGCGGACAGCAAGGCCCGUCGGCUGACCGGCUGCUCGUUGAUGGCAGGACCGUCAAGUACUUCGCAGACGAGGUGCGGGCCAUCUUGGAUAUUGUCCUGGCGACAAACCCCGGCCAAAAGUCCGGCGAGCUUUUGCCGCCUCCUCGUAGCGAUCCGCUGGUGGUGGCGCUGGUGAAGAACGCCCUCGAUGACGCCAGGAUCCGAUCCAUGGUUCGCAGGAUUGCCGACAACCAGCCCGGCUUCACCGAUGCCACCGACCUCAAGUCCCUGUUGGACAAACUGCACAAGAGUCUGCAAUCAGCUCCCCCUCCACCGCAGCAGCAGCCUCCUCCACCGCAGCAGCAGCCUCCUCCACCGCAGCAGCAGCCUCCUCCACACCAGCAGCAGCCUCCUCCACACCAGCAGCAGCCUCCACACCCGCAGCCCGCACCAACAAACGCCGCCGUGAAUGGCGUGGCCAGUGGCCAGACCCCGAAACCGAAACCGAAACCGGCUGCUGCCCCGACGCCUUGCCCUUCGCAACCUGCAUCUCAACCUCCUCCGCAGCAAGCCCUUCGAUCGAAAGGCCCACCACCGGCCCCGAAACCCGACGUCUCUGCCAUUGCCUUCGAGUUUGCAGGAGGCAACGGAGACCGCUACCUCUUUCCGAAAUUCAGCAUUCUCGAAUACCUCCCGGGGGGCCAGCAGGUCCUCGCCUCUUUCCUCAUCGUACGCAAAGGAAGCCGCCUCGAAUACGGGGGCGAUGCGAAGCUGGACUACUACCAGCCCGUCACCAUUCGGCUUUUCGCCCCGAAUGGACGCCACCUGGAACACCUGCAUCGCGUAGUCGCGCCCCAGGACGAAGUGAGACGGUACAUGGACGAUGUCAUGGACCACAUGACGCGAGCCGAGUACGUCCUGCUGGCCAUGCGCCUGCCACGGAACGACCCGGACGGCGACGGGGAACAGACGGCACGAAACAGCCGAGAGGUCACGGUUGUGAACGGCGGUGCGACAGGCACCCCGGACGACGCCGCCGAAUCGAACCUGCCGCGCGAACCAAGCGGGCCGGCUCCGCCCACGAGACCUCCUGUGUCGUGGAAAGGCGCGGCGAGGGAUUUCAUGGCCGCAUUCCCCACGAAAGAGGCGUACGACGAGUUUGCUGCCUCGCGCCGCCGCAGGGGGGGAGCGGACGGACCCCUCGAUUCGGCGGGAGCUUCGUUCAGGAAGGCGUGCGAGUAUCUGGGCAUCCCGUUGGCCCGCGUCGGUGACGAUGAUGAGGUUGAGUAUGAGGCGCUGGUCUCGAAGCUUGCUGCCAAACAACGGGAGGCAGGGCGUCUCCCGUGUUAG